CGCUGCUCCGCCGCCCCGCUGCCGGCACCGGGAGGGAGCGGGGGGAGGAGGAGGAGGAGGAGGAGGGGGGCGGGGGCCGCGCCUCCGGCAUGCGGCGGGGGGGGCCCGGCCGGGCGCGGGCCGGGCGGCGGCGGAGGCAGGUCCUGGAGGGAGUUGCGUGUGUUGGACUUUGUGGCUGUCUUGGGGAAGCUGUGGCCGUGCCAUGUCAGCGAUGAGUCCCCACUGACAGGCUGACGUGCACGGGCUGCAGCUGGAGAUGGUUAGGCCGUUGCCUGUGGGGAUGCUGGCUCCAAGGCCCGGGUAGGACACAGCUUGGCCUGCCAUGGGGGCUGUGCCUGGGGUUGCCACCGCCCCGCUAGCCUGACGGCAGCCUGACGUGCCACCAUGGAGCGAUCUGCGCGGGUGCCCCAGCCCCCCCACGUCCUGGACUUCUGUGGGCAGAAGCCGGAGGUCAGCGGAGAGAUGUCACCAGAGCCAGAGCAAGAAUCAGGGGACCCUGAGGAGACGCACGUCGCGCUGCCCCUGGGCGAGGAUGGGGAGCUGGUGGAGUGCCCCCUCUGCCUGCUGCCCCAGCCUCCUGAGGCCUUUCCCACCCUCGCCUCCUGUGCCCACCGCUCGUGCCAGGCGUGCCUGGAGCAGUACCUGCGCAUCGCUGUCAGUGAGAGCCGCGUGCAGGUGGCCUGCCCGCAUUGCCCCGCCGCGCUGCAGCCUGCCGAUGUCCACCGCCUGCUGGCCGAGCCCGCCCUGCGUGACAAGUACGAGGAGUUCCUCCUGCGGCGGCUGCUGGUGGCCGACCCUGGCACCCGCUGGUGUCCUGCGCCAGACUGCAGCUACGCUGUCAUCGCCUAUGGCUGUGCCGAGUGUCCUCGCCUCACCUGUGGGCGUGAGGGAUGUGGCACCGAGUUCUGCUACCACUGCCGUCAGCCCUGGCACCCUGAUGGGCCCUGUGCACCGGCACCGCUGACCUCCAGCCUGGCCAGCCCCUCGGCACAGCUUGUUCACCCAGAGGAGUCGGCCAACGUUGAGGCUGAGGACAUCAAAGUCUGUCCCCGCUGCAGUGCUUUCAUCAUGAAGAUCAAUGAUGGGAGCUGCAACCGCAUGAACUGCACGGUGUGUGGCUGCCUCUUCUGCUGGCUCUGCCUGCAGGAGAUCUCUGACGUGCACUUCUUGAGCCCCUCUGGAUGCACCUUCUGGGGGAAAAGGCCGUGGUCACGAACCCGGAAGAUCCUGUGGCAGCUGGGCAUGGUGCUGGGGGCACCGAUGGUGAUCUCCAUCGUCGCUGGCAUUGCUGUGCCUGUCAUUACCAUCGGGCUCCCCAUCUACAUGGGUAGGAAGGUGCUGGGCCAGAGCCGGAGGAGCAGCUUGUCAGGGUGCCAGCAGUGCUUCUCUGUCACCAGCAGUGUCCUCCUCUCUCUGUUUGUGUCCCCCAUCAUCACAGCUGUCACAGUGGGCAUUGGCGUGCCCCUGAUGCUCACCUACGUCUACGGGGUGGUGGUGCUGUCACUGUGUCGGAGCCGCAGCGGGUGUGGGGGUGGCCGUGGCCAGCCUGGGGACCUUGGUGUGGUGGAACUGGAGAACCUGACCAAGUUGAAUGAGCUGUGGUCAGUGCUGCCCAGCCCCAAGGGGGUCGAGGAUGGCGUCCCAGACACAACCACCUCCUUUCCCAGCAGCAGACAUAGCCCACACCACAGGGCCAUAUGGAAGGAGCAGGACAGCCAGUCAGCCAGCACAGUGGCCCUCGCAGGGAGCAUGCUAAGUGAGGGCCAGGACGUGUCCUACAGGGAAGGCAUCAACAUCGAGGUAGAGGUGGCGAUUGAAACGGUGCCACAUCCUGCCCGAGAGCAGAGCCUAUGCAGUGCACUGUCAGGCCAGAGUCUCUCUGGAGACUCCCUGGGAGGAACUAGCGACAGGUACAGCGUCACAGGCAUCCCAGAGGAGUGAAGGUGACCGUGCAGCAGUGAGCUGGAAGAUUCUUGAGACAGAGCACCCACCUCAUUGACACAAAGAUCCAUACCCUGUGGCAGACUUCUAUGCCCUCUGCAUUGCAUCACCAACCCCAUGAACUGGGUGCUCUCCAUCCCCAGGCUGGGCAGGCACUCACCGUGCACUCGGCCCUGCCUGCUCCAUGUAUCCACCCCAUUGCACCUCUACCCUGAAGGCAGGCUAAAGCACCAUCACUGCUGAAAUAAAACUACUCUCCAAACAUCA